UCUUGCCGAAGGGGAGACCGCGCCGCCCGGCGGACGCGUUGUUAGGCACGGGGCGGGGCUGCGCCACCCGGCGGGGCGGGGCCAGGCCAUGGCGACAGUGGAACCGGACGGGCGCGCGGUGUGGGCUCCUGCCCGGGGACCCCGACCCGGCGGGGCCACGGACCGAGCGGCAGGAGCUGCGGGGCCACCCUCCGGGCAGAGUGGCAGCAGAGCUCUCCGGCCGGGGGAGCGCAUCCCCGCCGCCGCGGAGAAGCGGGGGCCCUACAUGGUGACGCGCGCACCCUCCAUUCAGGCCAAGCUGCAGAAGCACCGGGACCUGGCCAAGGCCGUUCUGCGGAGAAAGGGCAUGCUGGGGCCCUCGCCGAACCGCUCCGACUCUUCAGGGAAAAGGUCAGUGAAGUUUAACAGGGGCUACACUGCUCUUAGCCAGAGUCCAGAUGAAAACCUGGUGUCCCUCGACUCUGAAAGUGAUGGGGAGCUGGAAUCCAGAUACUCCUCGGGGUAUUCCUCUGCAGAGCAGGUGAACCAGGAUGUGAGCCGGCAGCUGCUCCAGGAUGGGUAUCACCUGGAUGAGAUUCCAGAUGACGAGGACUUAGACCUCAUUCCGCCUAAGCCUAUGGCCUCUUCAACAUGCUCCUGCUGCUGGUGCUGUCUUGGGGACUCUUCUUCCUGUACCCUCCAGUAG